GAGUCAGGAUUGCAAAACCCACACCACCCUUGCCCAGGCAUCCCUCGAAGACUAACUUCUUCCAGCCAGAUGCACCGCCCACACAUCACCACCCGUCGUACCAUCACCACCACCACCACCACGCGUACGUGGACUCCCCUCGUAAGGCAAAUGCUAAUCAGCAGGUCACAAGGCCCCCGCGAUCACCAAACUCCUCAAGGCCACGAGGCUUGGACGGGCGGUCACGAUCCACGACUCCAGACCCUCUAUCUCCAGACCGCCCAAUGCAGACAUCUCCACCAGUCCCUGGGGGUCCACGCACAGGACCAUCUAGUCCUAGUGGCCAGCAGGUCUACCAGGGUGUUCCAGGUUCUCCAACAUUACAUCAUCGCAUGAAACAGUUAGGAGGGGUUCCAACACCUCUGGCAAUGUCAUCUCCUCUCCGUCGAUCGAAUCCCAGUACUCCUACACAACCUCGACGUCCUGAUUUCAUUGGGAUUGGCAAUGAAGGAGGCAGAGUUCCACCACAAUACUACCCACAGUACUCAUAUGAACCACCUCAUAGUUCACACCAAAAUGGUUCACCACAACGUCGGUACAUGUCAGAAUCAGAACUAAUACGGCAGCCACCAGAAGCAGGUGGACAGUAUCCUCGUACCACUACAAUGUUUGAUAACAUUCAAGAAUUAGCUGGUUCACCACAACAUGGUCAGUACACUUGGAGGGAUCAGUCACCUCCUCAGUAUUGUCAAGGUGGACCCAGUAACCCAAAUGUUGUCUACCAGACUUGUGGCUCUCAAGAGUAUAGAUCAAACCCAACAAGUCCAACUCAAACAUGUCCUGCACCUCAUUACUAUCCACCAAUACACCAUAGUCAAAUGGCAGGUCCACAUGGUGGCCAUUACCCCUCAACUCAUCAGCCAUCAUACAAUCAGCACAUGAGCCACCAAGGCCACCAGGGAUAUCCACCCCAGCAACAGAUGGUUGGGCGACGCAACUCAGGACCAAGUUAUGUUGGGCCACAGUCACCGCAGAUCAGACGAAAGAAUUAUGCAGGAGGCCUUGUUACUCCUCCUACACCAACAGAAAGUGGUCGGCCAAGUCCUGGUCAGAAGAGACCAGUUUCUUUUGUGAGGUCCUUAGAUAUGAUGGAUAGUAUAGAGAUGUCAUCACGAGGUCCUCCCCAUCAUCAAGGUCCUCAUGGACCUCCACAUGAAGGUCACCAUGCAGUGAUACAUAGCCAGAGGUCUCAUGGGGGUACGCUCAGCCCAACACACACUCCCAAGCCAGACCACCGUCUGACAACACCACAAGAUCUUGACCGACGAUCGGCAUAUGAUAUGAAUUAUGAAAUCAGUGUGUGAAGUACUAACAGCCUGUUGCAGAUGCCUAAGAAUUUGAGUGUGUUUUUCAUGUUUGUCUGUAUGUAUGUGUGAACUUGUCUGACCAAAACGUUAGAGCAGCAGCAGGACAUAAUUAA